AUGCUUCCGCUUCCGACUAGCCAGCCGUCCCUCCUCCCUAAAUUACAGCAUGACUUUGCGCUUGAGUCGUCGUCAGAACGUGAGCUGCGCCUUCAGCGUCGCGACGCUGUCAAGGCCGCCAUGAAGCGGUGCUGGUCAUCCUAUCGCAGGCUUGCCUGGAGAAGCGAUGAGCUUGCUCCGGUCAGUGGCAAGAAGCUCAACCCCUUUGGUGGAUGGGGUGCCACCCUUGUUGACAGCCUUGACACGUUGUGGAUCAUGGACAUGAAAGAUGAAUUCUACGAAGCCGUCACGGCUGCGGCUACGAUCGAUUUCGAGUCAGUUGGCGAGGACCUGAUCAACGUCUUCGAGACCAACAUCCGAUACCUCGGUGGCUUCCUAGGCGCCUAUGAACUCAGCGGCGACAAGAGGCUACUUGCCAAGGCCCGUGAGGUUGGCGAGAUGCUCUAUGUCGCCUUCGAUACUCCUAACCGAAUGCCCAUUACUAGAUGGGAUGCUCGUGCUGCCGCCCAAGGAAAGAAGCAACAAGCUCCUGAACAUGCUCUCAUCGCGGAGCUUGGGACUUUUGCCCUUGAGUUCAUACGACUCUCUAUGAUCACGGGCGACCCUAAAUGGUUUGACGCCGUGCAGCGCAUCACCAGCACACUACGCGCGUCACAGAACACCACUCUCCUGCCUGGCUUGUGGCCGGUAGUAGUCAAUCCACGGAAUGAAGACUUUUCGAGCCACCCCGAUUAUACUCUCGGGGCCAUGGCCGAUUCUCUUUUCGAGUAUCUACCAAAGACUCAUGCCCUAAUGGGUGGGUUGCUUCCAGAAUAUCGUGAAAUGUACGAGGUUGCUAUGGACACCGCCAUCCGUGAGAACCUCUUCCGUCCGAUGGUACCCGACAAUGCCGACAUUCUCAUCUCAGGUUUUGUUACUGUUCACAAAAGAGAUGACGGCAGCCGCACCAUAUACCUCAAGCCAGAAGCCCAGCAUUUAGUCUGCUUUGCUGGAGGUAUGCUUCUCUUAGGUGGCAAGCUAAUAGGGAAUGACACACAUGUCGACAAAGGGACCAAAAUUACCGACGGUUGUGUAUGGACUUACAAUGCGACCCCCUCUGGAAUCAUGCCAGAAAACUUCUUUAUGUUACCCUGCAAAGAGAGCCAAAACGACAGCGACGACAAAGAUUGUCCCUGGGAUCCUGAGCGGUGGAAACGGGCCGUCCUGCUCAAGGCAGGCUUGGAUCCAGAGAAAGAUGCAGACAAAGCAGAUGCCAUCAUCGAGGAGAAACACCUGCCACAGGGAAUCAUUGCCAUUAGAGAUGGGAAGUACCACCUCCGACCCGAGGCCAUAGAGAGUGUAUUUAUUCUCUACCGCCUCACGGGCCGCAAAGACUUGCUGGAUACUGCCUGGCAAAUGUGGCGGGCUAUUGAAGAAAACACAAGGACACCCCUCGCCAAUUCGGGACUUGUCGAUGUCACCGCUCCGAGAGGCAAGUCAGCUAAGCUUGACAGAAUGGAAAGCUUCUGGAUUGGCGAGACACUCAAGUACUUCUACUUGAUGUUCAGCGAGCCCGACCUAAUAAGCUUAGACGAUUAUGUUCUCAACACCGAGGCGCACCCGCUGAAGCGCCUGAAACCACUAACAGCUGAGCAAACGUAUGUUUAA